CACCUCUCCAUGUAUAUAACAAGACCUCCUCUUUACAUUCUUGUUCCAACAUUGAGUGAGUAGUAACCUUGGGUCAACCCAAGGGGUACGCGUUUGACCAUGAAUAAGGCCUAUGGCUACUUUUUUCUUUUCUUCCUUGCUUCUUCUUUCUUUCCCCCCUCCCUUUCAUUAACUAAUGCCCAGGUGGGUUACAUUACCCGCCGCCAGCUCUUGACUUACGGGAGGGGAGACCUUCCUGAGGGUUUUAAUUUUGAGGACAAGGUUGACAACAAAAAUUUAAAAUUCGCCAACGAUAGACAAAAAAAGGCUUAUGUUGCUCUCCAAGCUUGGAAGAAGGCCAUCUAUUCAGAUCCAAAAAAUAUCACUUCGAAUUGGGUGGGACCCGAUGUUUGUUCUUAUAAUGGAGUCUUUUGUGACCAUGCUCUAGAUGAUCCCAAGUCUUGGGUUGUAGCAGGUAUUGACCUUAAUCAUGGGGACAUCGCAGGCCACCUUCCAGUCGAGAUUGGGCUAUUAACGGAUGUAGCCCUUAUCCAUUUAAACUCAAACCGGUUUUGCGGAAUCAUUCCUAGAAGCAUUUCUAGUCUCAAACUUCUUUUUGAGAUGGAUUUUAGCAACAAUCGGUUUGUUGGACCAUUCCCUCAUGUAGUUUUGGGCCUACCCUCCCUGAAAUAUCUCGAUUUGCGGUUCAAUAACUUCGAAGGGAAAUUGCCCCCAAGCUUAUUUGACAAAGAAUUGGAUGCACUUUUCUUGAACGACAACCGUUUGGAGGGGAUUCUACCCGAGAAUUUCGGAAACUCGACCGCGUCCAUUAUGGUCUUGGCUAACAAUAGAUUCAAAGGGUGCAUUCCGAGAAGUAUUGGGCAGAUGGAAGCCACAUUGGAGCAAUUGUUACUAUUAGGUAACGGGUUCUCAGGUUGUUUACCCGAAGAGAUCACAUUGCUGAAAAAUCUAACAGUGUUUGAUGUGAAGAAGAAUAGGCUGGUUGGGGAGUUGCCUGUUGGGUUGGAGUAUAUGCAGGGUUUGGAGGUGAUGGAUCUUGAUGACAAUAAGUUCUACGGUCAUGUAUCUGAAAACCUAUGCACUUUGCCAAAUCUAAAAAACUUAUCAUUUUCGGACAAUUACUUCGAGACGCAAGACCAAUCGUGUGUUCCUCCUCAGGCUGAAGUUGACGUGGAUAAUCGACAAAAUUGUUUAGUUGCGAUGGGAAAUCAGAAAACAUGGAAGAAAUGCCAAGAAGUUUUGAGCAAACCGGUAGACUGUAGUAAAACGGGUUGUCGGGCUGACCCAAAAAGAACUAGUCCUGGAUCGGAACGUCCAAAGAAGAGAACUCACAAAGGUGAUACACCAAAGGAGGUAUCUCCUAGCCCAAAAGCUCGCAUACCUAAAGAAAAGCCAACUCCUAACCCCAAAGCUUUGAUUCCACCCCAACCAACGCCCAUUCCAAGCCCCAAAUCUUCAAUUCCUGUCGAGCCGAAGCCAACUCCGAGCCCUAAAACUUAUGUUCCACCCGAACAAAAGCCGUCUCCAAGCCCCAAAGCUUCAGUUCCACCUCAACCAAAGCCAACUCCAAGCCCCAAAUCUUUGUUCCCACCCCAAUCAAAUCCAACUCCAAGCCCCAAAGCUUCACCUCCACCCCAGUCAAAGCCAUCUCCGAGCCCCAAAGCUUCAAUUCCACCCCAACCAAAGCCAACUCCGAGCCCCAAAGCAUUCACUCCACCCAAGUCUAAGCCAACUCCCAACCCCGAAGCUCCCCUUUCACCCAAACUAAAGCCAACUCCUAGCCCCAAAGAUUCGACUCUUCCACCCAAGUCAAAACUUACUCCACCGCCUCUAGUCAUGUCUACUCCUCCUCCACCAGUUGCCUCACCACCACCUCUGCCUGUUUCUCCAUCACCAUCACCUCCGAUCGUUUCUCCUCCACCGCCAAUUCCAUUAGUUUCUCCUCCUCCACCACCAGUUGCCUCACCCCCACCACCAUUAGUUGCAUCACCCCCACCACCACUUAUUGCCUCACCGCCACCUCCUCGUGUUUUCUCUCCACCGCCACCUCAGCGGGCCUACUCUCCCCCACCUCCCCCAACCUUCUCUCCUCCUCCACCACCUUCAUCGCAUGUUCUAUCCCCGCCACCACCUAUCUUCUCACCACCACCACCACCACCUACUUUUCCGGAUGUAGUACUUCCUCCAGACUUGGGAUCUGUGUAUGCAUCACCACCGCCACCAAUCUUCCAUGGCUAUUAAGGAGUGCAGCAACGCCAUCAUAUAUUCUUUGUCAUUGUAACAUUUUUCUUGGUGGAAAAAAUGGCGUACAUGAAAACUCAAUACUACAUAAACAAAAAAAAAAUCCGCAUUACGGAGCUCUUGAAUAAUGAUA